UUUUCCAAAGUACGUCGCCGGUACUUGUUUCGUACAAUCAUUUCUCAAUUCUACAUCGUUUAUGGAAAACUAUCCGCUUGCAACAAACCUCCCCGACCAUACAUAUCGAAAUCUGAUGGAUCAAAAUAAUGCGAAUUUUGAACAUGGCCCGUCCACACAAUCUUUCCCAAGACCAAGGGCUCAGGAUUAUGUUCGUCAGGAAAUGCAAUAUGCGACAAGAGAGAUGAUACAAUCUACUCUUGCUCCAACACAAACGGGCAUCCCGAACUGGAAGUAUAAUCUAUGUAUAGUGCAAAAGUCAGAAAGAGCUCGUAUGUGUGGUUUCGGUGAAAAGGAUCGACGUUCAUUAUCACCUCUACCAAUAGUUCAACUAUUAGUUAGUGAUGAAGCCGGAAAACCAGUGGAUAUAGAAGAUAUCGAAUAUAAUUUUUUUGUUCUACAAGCAACUCCCUAUAAACGCGGAACACGUGAAAAUGCGUCAUUGGUUAAGCACCCAACAUCACAACUUGGUUUCAAAAGUCAGACUAAUACAAGAAACCUACUCGGAAAUUUAAUUGCCAGUGGAAGAAAGCUGAAGGAUCACGAAGGAAGAUUGGGCCUUCAUCCAACGAACGUGCUAGCAUCCAUAGAAUCAGACCCUUUUGUCGCAUACUCUGCAAAGAAAUUUCCUGGAAUGAUAG